GACAGGAUAAAACACAACCUCAACUGACAGAGAUACAACAAAAACGCAGAAAAGACAAGGAGACCUGCUGAAGCUGCGGACAACACAAGUCGUAACGUGCUGUUGAAGUCAUGAGGAGAGACAACUUCUUAAUCUUAGCUGUGCUGUAUGUUUUCAAUGCUUGGACUUGGAGUGUGGACUCAACUGCGGUUAAUCCCCAUCGGCAUCGUCGUGAUCCCUAUGGUAUUGGCAAAAGCGUACAAUUAUCAAUAGUCCCUUCCUCUGUUGACGACAUGUAUAUCGCCUGCACUCUAGAAACAAAACAAAUGGUGAAGGACACAUAUCUUCCAAAUGAAAUCGAAAAAAAUGUGAUCUUCAAAAGUGCCUGGAGUGAGGCAGAAAUGUGUGCAAAAAAUGUGGAGAAUCGAUUCAAAACGGACAAUUCAAAGUACAAUCCAACAGAACUUGAACACGAUCAUGUCAAGGCUAUCUGUGCUUACUCAGGGGUUAACCCCAAGAUACACGACAUGUUCAACAAAGCAGUCCUCUCCGAGAAGGAUGAUCACUCCUUCCAGUUCCACUCCCUGCAUUUCCUGCUGACGGAUGCUCUCCACCUCCUGAAGAAAACCCAACUUAAGUGUCAUAAGACAUUCAGAAGAACCAAAAAUGAUUUUGAAGGUGAAGUUGGCCAGGAAAUCCGAUUUGGCUUCUUUGCUUCCAGCUGUACCGAGAAGGAUCUUUUGAAAUUGGCAUUUGGAGACAAGUCCUGCUUUGAGAUAGAUACGUGUUUUGGUGCUGACCUGAAGUCUUACCCCAUAUUGGGAAAUUUUGAAAAGGAGGUGUUGAUUCCACCAUAUGAGGUGUUCUGUAUUACUGCUGUGCUGAAGAAAGAAAAUGAUCCAAACCUUUGGUGUGAUGUUGUGUACCAACUACAUAGCACCACAGAACCCAAGAGUUUCCAGAAAUGCAAGCUUUAUAACACUUCGAAAGCAUAUAUUGAGUCAUUGUCCCUAAAGAAGAUUUAAUUUAAUUGAAAAUUGCUUGGUCAUUCUGU